AGUCAUUCUUGUAAGCAUAAACAAGUGAUCUGUCAAUUAGAUAAUGUUUCUGAACGGAUACACCAGAUUGUUUGCCAGUAGUACCGAUACAACUAGUCCCACUAAGCUAUUGUUCCAAAUCGUCCUACUCCAAUCAUUUUAUUACUUGACUGCAUUCAUCAUAUUCUAUCUUAUAAGUUCACUUAAUGGCUAUGAUUUCAAAUUGGACUUCAUUUUCCUGUGGGAGUUGAUUUCCCUGGAAAAUGCCAUGGGAUUGAUUCUCUUUGCCAUGUGGUUGUUUGAUUCAUUGUUAUGUGUCUUGUUUGUUACCAUAAUUGUGGGCAGAUCCAAGUUGGCAUGGGACUUUGCGUUGACAGUACACAUAAUAAAUCUUAUAGUGGUAUGGCUUUACACCGGUAAAUUUCCCACAUCCACCUUGUGGUGGUGUUUACAGAUCCUCAGUGCCGUGGUGUUGGUCACGUUGUCUACCUACUCUACCCGAUGGAAAGAGUUACGUACCACAUUUUUCGAUAACAUGCUAGACUCCACACAAACUCAGCCCACUUUGGUGCAAGAAGAAGGCAGCUCGAUUGAAUUGCAAGACUUGAACCAUUCUAAGGAGGCCAAUGUCUAAGUGAAAACCAUAUCCAUUUAAAUUCAUAUCCAUUUAAAAUUAUAGAAGCUACUUGCGACCCAUAGUGUACGGUGGAAUCAUUUGAUUCUAAAAUAUAAACAUUAUUAACAU